AAUUAGGGUUGACUUGUAAUUUGAACAUUUAUUUGUGUGGUUAACUUACAUUGUUUGCUUCGUGGUUAGGGUUGACAUACCUACAGUGGUUAGAGUUGACACACCUACAGUGGUUUGUGGGCUUCUAUUCAUUGCAAAAUUGCAGCUUUCCAUUUUCUCACAGCAUGGAAUCCCUCAUUUGCUCCCUCGCCAUAGGAUUUGGGAUCAUCUUUCUCCUUUACUGCUUUGUGUACAAGCCCAAGAGAAAUGACAGGCAAUUGAAAUUGCCCCCAGGACCACGUCCAUGGCCUGUCAUAGGAAGUCUCCAUCUCUUGGGAAACUUUCCUCAUCAGGCUCUCGCGGCGCUUGCAAAGAGAUACGGAUCCAUUGUGUUCCUUCGCCUGGGGUCCGUCCCCACCGUUGUGAUAUCUUCUCCUGCCGUGGCGAAAGAGUUCCUCAAAACCCAUGAUUUGGUCUUUGCAACAAGGCCAAACUCUACAGUGGGAAAAUAUAUCUGCUAUGAUCAUAAGGACGUGGUGUUUGUCCCCUAUGGAACGUACUGGAGGCAGAUGAGAAAGCUGUGCACGGUUGAGCUGCUCACAGUAAAGAGAACCGAAUCUUUCAGAUUUGUGAGAGAGGAAGAAGUGUCUGCCAUGAUCGCCUCCAUCUGGCAGGAAAGUAGGCACGGAGUGCAGUGUGUGGAUGUGAGGAAGAUGCUGUCCUCCCUAACACAAAAUAUUACCUGUAGAAUGUUUGCCAGCAGAACGUUCUCAGACAAAGAUUUGAAUGGGGGGUAUGGCUUCAAAGAAAUGGCUGAGGAGAUGUUUAUUGUGUUCGGUCCAUUUUGCAUUGGCGACUUCAUUCCUUCUCUGGGCUGGUUCGACUUGCAAGGAUUCCGUCGUCGCAUGCAGGCCGUUCACAAAAUAUUCGACGGAUUUGCUGAGAAAGUAAUCGACGAGCACGUCCAUGGUAGAUUCGAAAAAGGAAAACCCAAUGAAGAAGGUCGCGUUAGAGAUAUGAUAGACGUGAUGCUCGACAUGGUCGAGACGGAGGGCCAUAUAAUCUCACGAACCCACAUCAAAGCCAUCAUCUUGGAUAUGUUACUCGGGGGAUAGAAACAUCGGUGGUAUUGGUAGAGUGGGCAAUGAGUGAAUUGGUGAAGAAUCCUGCAACGCUGGCACAAGCACAGCAAGAGAUGGAAUGUGCAGUGGGCAGAAAUCGCAGAAUAAAGGAGAGUGGCGUUAUGAAGCUCGAUUACUUGGGAUGCGUGAUAAAAGAAACUUUUCGACUUCACCCGCCACUUCCUCUGCUCGUUCCGCACGAGUCGAUGGAAGGGUGCAGCGUUGAAGGAUAUUUCAUUCCGCCAAAGACAAGGCUGUUUGUGAAUGUGUGGGCGAUGGGAAGGGACGAAAACGUUUGGAAAGAUGCUCAUCAGUUCAAACCCGAGCGGUUUAUGGGGUGUAAUAAAGAUGUGAGAGGUCAGGACUAUGACUUGCUACCAUUCGGCACAGGAAGAAGAGGAUGCCCUGGUAUUUCAAUGGCUCUUUCUGUUAGUCGGUUGGCACUCGCUCAGCUGCUUUAUUGCUUUGAUUGGACUGUGGAGCGUGAGAUCGAUAUGGCGGAAGGGUUUGGAAUAACUCUUCCGAGAAAAAAUCCGCUGUUUGCCUGUCCUGAAUGGAGGCUCACUACUGAAUAUCCUGUUUGAAGCAAGUAUUCUCUGAUGGGUUUCUUUGUUAGGUUUAUAAGUUAAGUGCGUGUAUUUGUAGUAAAUAAUAAUAGGUUUUUUAUAAUUUACAAUUUGUGGUGGAUAAUUAAUAUUGGGUUUUAAAAGGAGAAAUGGUUCUUAAAAAUAUGUUGUAGUUCAAUUUGGUGAGCAUAAUUGAUGUGGAUAAUGGUAUGUGAUAUAGAGGCCAUCCAUCAAGGUUCAAACUCUUCGAGGUGCAUUCGAACUAGGGUCAACCUUUGAUAACUCUACACAUGGAUGCUUAGCUGAAGGAGACAUGUGGUUUAGAUGUAUGCUUACUCAAAUCAUUGUAAUCCACUAUAAAGACAUAGAUGCCAACAUUUAUGUAUGUUGUUGUGUUUCCAUUAAAAAUAUCUAGAUAUUUAUAGCAACCAUUUAAUAUUGUAAU